UAGUCGCUCCAAAAUGACCCUACCCAUUUCCUUGACGCACCGGACGUGAAGCUACGUCUUCAGUGUCGCCAACGCCGCUGUGCCGACAUUUAAAAUAGGCUGAACUCGGUCGAGUCACAUUAAAGGACGGAUAUGACGGUUCAACAUAUUUUUUCUUUAAGUUAUUAUUCAUGGUGUGUUUUCAUUCUAAAUUGUUUAACAACACAACAAAAGAUUCCGACGUGACUGACGAUAGCAUGCAUGAAGUAGAUUAUAAUUAAACAUCGUUGAUGUUAAAAUGGAAAAUAGGUUUUGUUAGCAUGUUAAGCUAAGCGAUUUCAUCAGAUAUCUGCGCUGCGCCCAAAGCGAGACCUGAAUUAUUGGAUGGAAAGUGCGAUGCAGUAUAAAUAUUGGGCAAAUGGGACAAACUAGGUAACGAGACAGGAUAUUGCAUUGUUCACGUGGGACAUGACUGUGUGGAGGGAUCACGAGAGAAUCACAGUCAGUUGACCUUAACGUCGGAGUAAAAACGUGUCUUUUGAAGAAGCACAAAUAAAGAGGACAUAGAGGAAAGUGCUAGCAAGGAACUGCGCAUAUUUUUACAAGCGUUAUCUGUACAUAUAGGCAACACACGCGUUAGAAAUACUGAUCAGCGGUGCGUGUACAAGCUUGUAUUUGACGAUAUUAAAUCGAAACGGCGUAAAAGGAAAUUACACAGCUGAAAUGGAGAAAAAUAAUACAAACCUAUCAAUUGCGUCUCUGGUUGAAACAUUGGACACACUGAAUUCCCGGUACGCUGCCGCCCUGACGCCGUUUGCGGCGAUUCUCGGAAUUUUCUGCGUCAUCGGUCUCCUUGGCAACAUUAUCGUCAUAAUGGUCUUCUCCUUUAGUAACGAAUACAGGAAUACGAACUUUAAGCUGUUCGUUUUAAGCCUUGCGGUCGUGGAUACGUUGUCAUGCGUCACGCUUAUGCCGGCUGAAAUAGUCAAGACGCAUCAUUAUUUUUCGUUCCCCGACUCUACACCGUGCAAAGUAAAAUGUUUCUUCAACGUUUUUGCAAUGACGGCAGCCACCUUGAUUCUUCUGGUGAUUUGCAUAGACAGGUACCGGAAGGUAUGUCAGCCACUGAAGCCACAGAUUCGACCAGGAUUAGCGUUGAAAAUUCUAGCUGCGGUUCUUAUAUUUUCAAUUCUGGUAUCUGUCCCGGCGCCAAUUAUGUGCGGUAUACAGGAGGUGGACAAAGAAAAUAUAUAUGGUACUUACACAGUGGUCUACAUUUGCUCGGCCGAGGAACAGUUCCAAAAACACAUAAUACGUUACGUUUACAAAUUCGGAAUGACUGUUCUUGUGGUGGGCGUUUCAUUGGCGUUCAUAGUAAUGUAUGUCCUGAUUAUAAGAACUGUAUUUCGGCACUGGAAUAGACGUAUGUCGGGUGAGACGAUUCGAUUUGAAGUAAAGAGCAGAUCGAACUCCGCGGAGAGAGUGGAAAAUGUUCGACUGAGUGGUACGUUAGAUGAUGUUUUUGAAGACAAUGAACCUCAUGCAAACGACGAGCUAAAAGAGAAGAGGCCAUUGAGUUGUGCACAAAAGGAGAAUGCGACGCCAAAAACUAAACUGACGGUCAAGGACCAAAGACCCCCUCGGAAGUCAAGCAGCAUAUCGAUAAGCAGUGCGACGGACAGAGCCAGAAAUGUCAGGAAAGUCAGCUUCAUGUCAAUGAAUCCAUCCGCAAUCAAGACACGGCCUAGUUUCCACAGAAGCAGUACCGACAGCUCCAUCCGGUCCGACACAUUACGUAGACGCUCGUCGUCGACAACAUCAGAAAAACUGCCGUACAAAACCAUGAUCUGGUUUAUUCUCACGCUAAUUUUUGUCCUCACUUUCAUUAUUCAUUCUGGACUGUCCUUUCUGACUACAAAGGAACACGUGUUCAAACCGCAAACUUUGUUUUGGUUUCUGCUGUUUUUCAGGCUUUACUUCGUGAACAACAUUAUCAACCCGAUGAUUUAUGCCUUGCUGGACAAACGCUUCAAAGGUUCUUGUAAGUCACUGUGGCUCAGGUGUAAACUUAAAAUGUCCAAGUGCUAAAGUUUCACGCAAGAAAACUGAAUAAACGACCCAAAAAAUAUUGCAUAAUAAAUCACAGAUUCAGUAUUUACUUACAACCGGACUGUUUUUUGCUACAAAUAAUGACGAUGAAUUGUGGAAAUGUGUAUCUACAUUGUUCAUGAAAUUAAGUGUCUUAUUACUAAAUUUUAUCAUUUCUAUAGUGUACAUGCAAUACAAUAUAUCAUGUCUACAUUGUAUCUUCAACUCACGUUAAUAUUUCUACAUUAAAUAUAUAAUUCCGUAUAUUGAAUUUAAUAUAUAAUUUCUACAAUGUAUAUUAAACGCAGGUUAAUCUUUCUACAUUGGAAAAAUUAUUUUUGGCAUGUAUUGAAGGUUGACAUUAAAUGCUUUAUAUUGAUAAAUGUAAAGAUUGGAUCUAAAAACUCCAGUAAAAAAACAAGAAUAAAAU